ACUCUCUACAUCGCCGAGAGUCGCUUGUCUUGGUUGGAAAACUCCGGAGUUGGCUUCUCCUUGGAUUAUCCCACCAUAAGUUUACAUGCUGUCUCCAGGGACCUGAACGCCUACCCAUGGGAGCACUUGUACGUCAUGGUGAAUGCCAAAUUCGAAGAAGAGGAGAAAAAGGAGGCUCCCAUGGCUGAAGGGGAGGAGGAGGAAGACGACAGCGAUGACGAUGGAGAACCAAUUGCAGAAUUCAGAUUUGUACCUAGCGACAAAUCAGCCUUGGAAGCUAUGUUUUCAGCAAUGUGUGAAUGCCAAGCUCUGCACCCAGACCCAGAUGAUGAAGAUUCAGACAACGAUUAUGAAGGGGAGGAGUACGAUGUUGAGGCUCACGAGCUAGAACAAGGUGACAUCCCAACCUUUUACACUUACGAAGAAGGAUUGUCGCAUUUAACUGCAGAAGGUCAGGCCACUCUGGAGAGGUUAGAAGGCAUGUUAGCCCAGUCUGUCAGCAGUCAGUACAACAUGGCUGGAGUGAGAACAGAAGACUCGAUAAGGGAGUUUGAAGAUGGGAUGGAGGUUGACGUAGCACCAGUAGUUGCGGGGCAGUUUGAAGACGCCGAAGUCGAUCACUGAGGAGGAUGUAUGCUGCUAUUCCUCUUGUGGCACUUCCAGAAUAAGCUGUAAAACUGAAGGCAUUGCAGUGACUAUCGGGAGUUAACAUUUCUUUUAAUGACCUAAGCUUAGACAUCUAGGUCUAUAAAUGCUUUUAUAGAUGUUUAAAACAGGGUUUGACAUUUAUGACCACUAUGGGGUUAUUUAAAAAAACAAAACAAACAAAAAACAAUAAAACCUCUUGCAUCUAACACUUGAAUGGGGCUAAUCAGGGGUCAUUUCAAAGAAGCCUUUGUAGGAAUUCUAGGACUUCAGAAAUAGAACUGUAAGUAGAACAGAAUUUUAGAUUGUUCCUGGAAUUUCCAUAUUUUUGUACCUGUUCAUUUGAGUCAGUGCAGUACAAUGGAA